AUGAUUAUUGCAGUAAUGGAUGAACCAUUAAUGCCAACAUCACAAGAUCGUAGUGAUUCAGAAAAUGAACAUUCACGUUUUCAAGUUAAUCGUGUCCGUUCUGAAGAAUUGACAAAUAGAGGUUCAAAAGAUAUGAAUUGUAUUGUUGAUAUUAAAGAAAAUGAGUUAAAAGAGGAAGAAGAAGAAGAAGAUAGCAUUGAUUUUACUGAUAAAAGAAGUCAAACUGAAACAUGGAAACAAUUUUUUUCAAGACAUCGUAAAAAUAUUUUUAAUUUUUUUAUUGAAGAUUGGGGAAUAUCUGCUAUGUUAGGUAUUAUAACAGCUAUUUUAUCUAUUUCACUUGAUGUUGGUAUAGAAUAUUUAUUACAUUUAAAAGUUAUGAUUUAUGAUAAUGCUCUUUCACAUGAUGCAUCAUUAGCCUUUUUCUCUUGGGUUUUUUAUGUAACUGCUCUUAUAACUAUUGCUUCAUUGUUUUGUCAGUAUGUCUCAAAACAAGCAAUUGGUUCUGGUAUUCCUGAAGUUAAAGUUAUUAUGAAUGGUUUUGAUUUACCAAAUUAUUUAACUUUUAAAACAUUAAUAUCAAAAACAGUUGGUCUUUUAUUUACAUUAGGAAGUGGUUUUCCUGUUGGUAAAGAAGGUCCAUUUGUUCAUAUGGGAGCAAUUGUUGGAGCAUUAUUAAUGAAAUGUACACAUGCAUUAAAACAAUUAGGAUUUUAUGAUAAUUUUGAAGGUCGUAAAAUUGAAAUUUUAUCAUCUGGUUGUGCUGUAGGUAUUGCAUGUACUUUUAGUGCACCAGCUGGUGCUGUUUUAUAUGGUAUUGAAUCUACUCAUAAAUAUUUUGCUGUUAAAAAUUAUUGGAGAGCAUUCUUUGCUACAACAUGUAGUGCUUUAGUUUUUAGAUUUGCAAAUGCAGCAAUAAUACCACCACAUAUUGCUGGAACAAUAACAGCAUACUAUCAAACAUAUUUUCCUAAUGAAGUUUUUCUUGUUGAAGAGUUACCAGUUUUUGCUUUAAUUGGUGUUUUAUCAGGUAUUUUUGGAGCAUUAUUUGUUUAUAUUAAUAGACAAAUAUGUGUAUUUAAAAUGAAAAACAAAAUCUUUAAAAAAAUUUUUGGUGAUAAUAAUACUAUUAAGUUUACUGUUUUUAUGGCUAUUGUUGUUGGUUUAAUUACUUAUCCUGAAGGUUUUGGUAGUUUGAUUGCUGGAAAAUUAUCAUAUCGUGAAACUUUAGCUGAUUUUAUAUCUAAUUGUUCAAUGACUAUUUCAUAUAAUGGUACUGAUAGAGGAUGUAAUAUGGAUAUUAUUAAUCGUUGGAGUAGUUCUGAUUAUUUUAUAAGACAAGAUGAUUUAUAUGAAACAAAUCCAAAUGUUAUUCAAACAUUAUUAGGUUAUUUAAUAAUUAAUUAUUUUCUUGUUGCAAUUUGUAUUACAUUAGCUAUACCAGCUGGUAUUUUUGUUCCUAGUUUUGUUAUUGGAGCAUGUGGUGGUAGAAUUAUUGGUGAAAUGAUGGCUCUUCUAUUUCCAGAAGGUAUCCGUGGACUUGGUGCACCACAAAUAUAUCCUGGUUUAUAUGCUGUUGUUGGAGCUGCUGCAUAUACAGGUUCUGUUACACAUUCACUUUCUAUUGCUGUUAUUGUUUGUGAGACAACUGGUCAAUUAUCACCAUUACUUCCUGUAUUAAUUGCUUUGAUGGUUGGAAAUGCUAUUUCAUCAUUUCUUCAACCAUCUAUUUAUGAAUCAAUUAUUAUUAUUAAAAAAUAUCCACAUUUAGCUGAACUUCCACCAUCUAGAAUUUCUGUACAUACAAUGAAAAUUGAUAAAAUUAUGAUAAAAGAUGUUGUAUGUAUAACAAAAUCAACAACAUAUGGACAAUUAAGAGAAAUUUUACGUGAAACAUCACAUUUACGUUCAUAUCCAAUUGUUACUGAUAUGGAAAAUAAAAUUCUUCUUGGUUCAGUAUCAAGAAAAUAUUUAAUUUUUCAUUUUAAUAGUAAUUGUGGAUUUGAACCAUCAAUUAUAACAGAAAAAAGAAAAUCAAGAACAGCAUCUGAAUUAUUUGGUGGAUAUAGAAGAAAUUCUGGAACACCAAAUAAUAUUCUUAAUGAUCGAUCAUUAAAUGGAUCACAUUUAUUAUCAAUUUCACCAUUACAUAAUGAUAAUUCACAUGGUAUAAGAUCACCAUUAGCACCAUUAAUAAGAAGACAUCAGGAAGAAAAUAGUGUAACAAAUAAUUUAACUAUUGUUGAUCAACUUUUACAAUUAAGAAAACCAAUAAAUAUUGAAGAAGUUGCUAUUGAUCCAGCUCCAUUUCAAAUGGUUCUUGGAACAUCACUAUAUAAAGUUCAUACAUUAUUUUCACUUCUUGGUUUAAAUCAUUCAUAUGUUACUCAUCAUGGUCGUCUUGUUGGUGUUGUAUCACUUAGAGAAUUAAGACAAGCAUUAGCACAUGUUUAUACACGUGGUGCUGUUGCUCCAACACGUAAAAAGAAAACAAAAGAAUAUGAAUUGGUUUCAAGGACUGAACCUAAUGAUUCAACAACUACAAACUUAAAUACUGGUCAAGAAGAGGUUGAAAAAAAAGAUAAGACGAAGGAUAAAAAAAAGGAAGAUAAUGAUAAUGAAGAAACAAAAAGUUUAUUAGAUUAA